UCGGCUCUGGUUUUGUGUGUUGGGGGGAUGGGGCCGUGCCGAGGAUGAGAGACUCCAAAUAUUUACCACUUGGCUAACUAAAUAUCUUUCUUUUUCGAACUGGGUUUCCUCCUUUGCUCUUGGACAUAUAAGUACUUUUUGGCCACGCAUGAGUUUCGGCGGAAUUCGGCCAAAAUAAAGUGGACUAUCUCUACGUCCACGACACACGCUUAAAAAAGUCGACAAAAUGUAUUCCUCUGCUGGAGCUGCUGAGAUGCUUGAGGGACCUCGUUCCUCUGGGUCAAUAAGCUCUGACCCCCCUGGCUCAGACCCCCCGUCUUCCCCAGUGCCAGAAUAUGUGUUCAAGCCACCGUCACGGCCAGACUUUGGCACCAUGGGCAGGACAAUCAAGCUCCAAGCCAACUUCUUCGAAAUGGAAAUCCCCAAAUUGGAGGUCUAUCAUUAUGACAUCGACAUCAAGCCUGAGAAAUGCCCCAGGAGGGUCAAUCGUGAAAUUGUGGAGCACAUGGUCCAGCACUUUAAAACACAGAUCUUUGGUGAUCGAAAGCCGGUGUAUGAUGGAAGGAAGAACCUCUACACUGCCAUGCCCUUGCCUAUAGGCAGAGACAAAGUGGAGCUUGAGGUGACAAUUCCAGGUGAAGGCAAGGACCGCAGCUUCAAAGUAUCUAUCAAGUGGGUUUCCUGCGUUAGUCUGCAAGCUCUGCAUGAGGCACUAUCAGGACGACUCCCCAGCGUCCCCUUUGAGACUAUUCAAGCCUUGGAUGUCGUCAUGAGACAUUUGCCUUCGAUGAGGUAUACCCCAGUGGGACGCUCUUUCUUCACUCCUUCAGAGGGAUGCUCAAAUCCUCUUGGUGGUGGCAGAGAAGUGUGGUUUGGUUUCCACCAGUCUGUCAGACCUUCCCUCUGGAAAAUGAUGCUAAACAUUGAUGUUUCAGCCACUGCAUUCUACAAAGCCCAGCCUGUAAUUGAGUUUAUGUGUGAGGUCUUGGAUUUCAAAAGCAUUGAAGAACAACAGAAGCCUUUAACAGACUCUCAGCGAGUGAAAUUUACAAAAGAAAUCAAAGGCCUAAAGGUUGAGAUCACUCACUGUGGCCAGAUGAAGAGGAAGUACAGAGUGUGCAACGUGACCAGAAGACCAGCCAGCCACCAAACGUUCCCCCUACAGCAGGAGAAUGGCCAAACUAUUGAAUGCACAGUAGCACAGUACUUCAAAGACAAGUACAAGCUCAUCCUGCGAUACCCCCACCUCCCAUGUUUACAGGUGGGACAGGAGCAGAAGCACACCUACCUACCUCUAGAGGUGUGUAACAUAGUGGCAGGACAGCGCUGCAUCAAAAAGCUGACAGACAAUCAGACCUCCACUAUGAUCCGUGCCACAGCCCGAUCAGCACCAGACCGUCAGGAUGAGAUUAGUAAAUUGAUGAGAAGUGCCAACUUCAACACUGACCCUUACGUUCGUGAAUUUGGAGUAAUGGUGAGAGAUGAGAUGACAGAAGUGAAUGGCCGCGUCCUGCAAGCACCUUCAAUACUGUAUGGAGGCAGGAACAAAGCAAUAGCCACACCAAUCCAGGGAGUGUGGGACAUGAGGAACAAGCAGUUCCACACUGGUAUCGAGAUCAAAGUGUGGGCCAUUGCCUGCUUUGCCCCACAGAGACAGUGCACAGAACUCUUGCUCAAAGCUUUCACAGAUCAGCUGAGGAAGAUCUCUCGUGAUGCAGGGAUGCCCAUCCAGGGUCAGCCUUGCUUCUGCAAGUACGCCCAGGGAGCUGACAGCGUGGAGCCAAUGUUCAGGCACCUCAAGUACACCUACCAGGGCCUACAGCUGGUGGUGGUCAUCCUGCCGGGGAAGACACCAGUCUAUGCUGAGGUGAAGCGUGUUGGGGACACAGUACUUGGCAUGGCCACACAGUGUGUGCAGGUGAAAAACGUUCAAAAGACAACACCUCAGACGCUCUCCAACCUCUGUCUGAAGAUCAACGUCAAGCUGGGCGGCGUCAAUAACAUCCUCCUCCCGCAGGGCAGGCCAUUGGUGUUCCAACAGCCAGUGAUCUUCCUUGGUGCAGAUGUGACUCAUCCACCUGCAGGAGAUGGAAAGAAGCCUUCCAUCGCUGCUGUGGUUGGUAGUAUGGAUGCCCAUCCCAGUCGAUACUGUGCCACAGUGCGGGUGCAGCAGCAUCGUCAAGAAAUCAUCCAGGACCUGGCCACCAUGGUGAGGGAGCUGCUCAUCCAGUUCUACAAGUCCACCCGCUUCAAGCCCACCAGAAUAAUCUACUAUCGAGACGGCAUCUCCGAGGGCCAGUUCAACCAGGUGAUACUUGUUCUUCAGCAUGAGCUGCUGGCGAUCCGCGAGGCCUGUAUCAAGCUAGAGAAGGACUACCAGCCUGGUAUCACCUUUGUGGUUGUGCAGAAGCGACACCACACAAGACUGUUCUGCAUGGACAGAAACGAGAGGGUUGGGAAGAGUGGCAACAUUCCAGCAGGCACCACGGUGGACACCAAAAUUACUCACCCAUCAGAGUUUGACUUCUAUCUUUGCAGUCAUGCUGGCAUUCAGGGAACCAGCAGGCCGUCUCACUACCACGUGCUCUGGGACGACAACCACUUCUCUUCAGAUGAACUGCAGGUCCUCACCUACCAGCUUUGUCACACCUACGUGCGCUGCACCCGGUCAGUUUCCAUCCCAGCACCAGCCUACUAUGCCCAUUUGGUGGCUUUCCGGGCUCGCUAUCACUUGGUGGACAAAGAACAUGACAGUGCUGAGGGCAGUCAUACAUCAGGCCAGAGCAAUGGGCGUGACCACCAGGCCCUGGCCAAGGCUGUUCAGAUCCACCAGGACACCCUACGCACCAUGUACUUUGCCUGAGAGCACACAACCCAGGUUGGCGUGGGUGAGACCCAACUGAUGGAACACACUACCCCUCGCUGUCUCACUGUCAGCUGUAGAUAGCAUCACAGUGGUUUCACAUCGUGAUCUCCCUACCUAACAAACCUGUCAGUUACAACUAUGUCUACAAUUGUACUUCAGCCCUGAAACCCACCAAAACCAAACCAGCUAUUAGACUGUAAGAUGCAAAAGAAUCCCUCUUUCUUGAGGAGCUGGAAGAGGUUUUAUUUACAUGUUUUGCAUUAGUGUGCAUUCGUAUUUGUUGUAGGGAAUUAUGUUGCAAAGUAUGAAAGGAAAUGGUAACGUUUUUACACUGACAGAAGAAAUCUACCAUUUCCAAACUAGUGGGCUGUACCAGUAAACAGUGGAGUGGUUAAGGAUUUAGAAGAAGCGACUCACCCUCUUCCUCUUUUUUUGGUUUGUUCGAGUCUUGGUGCUUGAAGGGAGAAGGAAAAAUCUAAAGAUGAGGGGGUCCAUUCACUGUUUAUAUGCCUAACGAUUUAGUCCUCUGACAAACAUUUAUUUAUCAGCCAAUCAAAGCAAAGUGCACUGACCAGAAUGGGUACUUCAAUCAGGACAAAAGUACUUAAUAUAUAGAGGGUUGUGUGUGAUUUUUUUUUUUUUUCUUUUUUCACAUAGGGCACUAUGUGAUUAAAAGUGCCAUUUGAGACCAUCUUUUUGUUGUCACUUCUAUGUAAAACUAUGAAUUAGUCGGCCCACGUCUGCUGGGUUUUCAGUAUUUGUCCUUGAUUGACACCGAUGACCAUUUUAUGCCAAAUCUGGUGACGACUACAGGAUUCUUUGCAUCAGAUUUGUUCAACCCUUGAACCAACACUUUGUAGUGUUUAGAUAGAGAUUGCGAGAACAGCAAUUUUAUCCUCCUCUGCCCCACUUAUUAGCCUGAACUGAUAAAGUUGCGACAGUAACCUAAUUCUCACACAGAGAAAUAUUGGGACUGGCUCCCAACAAGGACACCUUUCUAAUGUAUUCUGAGCCGUGUUAAUGAAAGACACAUGAUGUAGAAAUCACCGUAGAGGGGAACGUAAUGAAAUCUUUUCAGUUCCCUUCUGUUUUUAUAGUCUUUUUUUUUUUUUUUUUUUGCAAUGAAUAUGCAUGUAGCUGACUCAUGUUCUAGACAUUUAGGCAUUUGUGAUAAUUGUUUCUUUCUUCCUUUAUACACAUCAACCCUAUUUCUAUUUUUCAAUGUAUAUAGCAGCAGCAGCAGGAUAGUGUUUUCUGCAGCGUCAUUGUCGGAGCGGGAUAUUUGUGCGGCUUCUCGAUAUCCAGGCAUUCGGUACAGCGGAGUGAAAGCUGCAACGUUUUAGAUUCUAACUGAUCGAAAUUCCCUUGAAAGAACCUCUUUAAUAUAGUGUUUGCUCCGCGAAUCGGGAGCAGCAGUCAUCGCACAAAAGCUUGGGUUUUAUGCAAAUGACUUUUUGUGAGUCUUUAUACUAUAUAGUAAUGUUGGUAAUAAGGUAUAUUUUGAAUAAGCUUUCAGUGGAGGCUGCUGAAAAAAUGAUAGAGAAUUUUUUAAAAAAGACUGGCCCACAUGUAGUCUAAAUUAACACUGUCUAUUUGUAUACAGAUUUAAAAUGCAAAUGUUCUCUUGCCUUCUAAGACUGUUAGUCUUACUAAUAAACAUUAUUACAUAAUAAUAACAUCCCACCUAAGUUUUACUACUAAGUUAAGCUGGCGAAUGUUCACAUAGUCUUGAUUGGAGGCGAGUAGUCUAUAUUUUCUAACUAUGCAUCGUUUUUAACCAAGAGAUUUAGCAGUGGGAUAUCUCACCUGAAUUUGGGUCAUUUAUAGAUGUAGAUAAUCAGGGCUUUUUAUGUUGUUUUUUUAGCAUAUUGCAUUUAGUAGCGUUUCUUAGGGCUUAUCGGCGUCUUCAUGCCUUUCUAACGGGAUGAAGUAUUGAUGUGGUCAUUUGUAACAUUGUAGAUUUUCUAGCCUAAAAAAAUUGGCUGCAUCCUUUGUAACACACAAUCUUUCCUAGCCAAACAAGAUUACAAACUUUUACAUGAUUAAUAUUCCAAAAAAAAAAACACACAAAAAAAAAAAACAAGAUAUGGAAGCACAAAAAAGGACAUCUUGAUUCUAGGUGCUAGAAGUUUUCACUGUAAACCACCUUAAAUCCUCACUGGACUGGUCCACAAGGCUUUUUAGUUGUACCGCUAAAAAGAUGCUUCAUCAUUUCGAGGAUCUUUUCUCUCCCUUUGAUGACCUCCUUUUACGUUUCCCCCCCCUUUUUACUCGUUACCUGUAAAGCAACUAGAAAUCCGACUGACUGUGUUUGUGGGGCAUUCUGAAAAAAAAUCAUGUACUUGAUAUUUACUGUUAUGAUGUCAAUAUUGUUCUUAUCGGUGCUGGUCUCACAACAUGUAAAUUUGGAUGCACUUUUGAUAGCAGAACAUUUGGUAUGACUUCUUUUAGACGUGUGUUCCUCAAUUGAAGCGGGAGGCUCGGCCAUAUUGUGCGACACUGGUGUAAUUGUAUAGAAAUGGCCGUGUGUUCUACCUCUUGUUACCUGUUUUAAGUGUUAUGGUAACGUCACACUGCUGGUCAUUUCUGUAUAAUUACCCCUGCUAUCUAUCUAAUUGGCAUUGUUUGAGUCUUGCAUUGACAGUAGAAGUUUUAAACGCUUGGUGUGCAUGAUGGUGAACGCGCUUUUUUCAGUUUUUUUUUUUUUCUUAGUUUUAGCUCAAACUGAUGAGAGAGAAUGUGUUUUUUUUUUUUUUUUUUCCUUGUAUGAGUUUUGAGUGCUGAGCUGUACGACCAAAUUCUUGAACUGUGUUUGUACCUACACACAGCUUUCCCUGCUUUCUUUCCUUUUUACUCUAUGCACCACUAGAAUGACAGACGUUUGGUUUUCCACCCGAGCAGUGUAACAACAAUUGCAAAGCCCACAUCUGCCACAAUCAUUGUGCGUCCUUGCGCAGGACAAUGAACCCUAGUGAUGCUGUUAUUCAGAUGGAGAAUAAAAGUUGCCUGAAACAGCUCACAGGACGCCUGUUGGAAUCAAUGUGAACAGAUAAAGAUGUGUAGGUGUUUGAGGAUGUGAAUCUCACCACAAAAACAUUUACUUCUCUGUACAGUCAUGCCUGUAAAUUCUUAACUUAAACAAUACUUUUUGUUCUGAUCUGGUCACAAUGGAUCAACGAUUCUUACAUUUCAGGAGAAGCCUCUGUUUGGCUCUCUGUUUGGAAGUCCUUGUCUCUGUGAAUGCCGGCUUUUGUAAUUUGGCCACAAGUAUUCGAAAUGUUCUGACUGUGUUCUGAAUUUAGUGUAUUGGAGAACACAGAAGUGACCUAUCAUGAAUUGCUAAACUUAAUACCUGGAACAUCACAGACAUAAAAAAAAAAAAAAACAAACUACCUGGCUUGGAAACUUGUAAGGCCUAAUAAAAGAGAUGGGUUUGUA